GAAGGGAGGCCGCCGCUGGGCGUAACCACCUGGUGGGGCGUGGUCUCGGGGGGGUUCUCUGAGUACGGGGGCGUGGCCUCGGGAGGGGGGCGUGGCCCCGGGUAAACAGGCGCGAAGCCUCCGCGUGGUCGCCUAGUCCCGGUUCCCGCGUCAUGAAGUGCGUCGUCACUGGGGGCAACGUCAAAGUCCUUGGCCGAGCCGUGCACGCCCUGUCCCGCAUCGGGGACGAGCUCUACCUGGAGCCCACCGAGAGCGGGCUGUCCCUGCGCACCGUCAACUCCUCCCGCUCCGCCUUCGCCUCCUUCCUCUUCGCGCCCCUCUUCUUCCAGCUGUACGAGGCGGGCGGCGCCCCGCCUGACAGACAGCUCUUCCGAUGCAAAGUCCACAUGAAGACCUUCCUGGGCAUCUUCCGCUCGUUGCCUUCGUUGGACAAGACGGUGUGGAAAUGUCUCAUCCUGCUCAAACCCCGGGCCAGCCGCUUGGUCGUGCAGCUCCACUGCAAGUACGGCGUCACCAAGACCCACAAUCUGGCCUUCCACGAAUGCGAGCAGCUACAGGCCGUCUUCGACACCCGCCGCUGCGCCAGCAGCCUCUGCGCCCCGGCACGGGUGCUGGCGGAGGCCGUGGUCCACUUCCCCCCGACGCUGGCUGAAGUGACGCUGGAGGCUGGCCCCGGGGGCAAGAUCAGCCUCCGGAGCUACGUGGAUGAUGAGACAGAGCCGAGGAAGACAAUGGUUACGGAGCUGUGGUUGGCUGAGGAUGAGUUCCAGACGGUGGCUGUGACCCCGGGCUCCCACAUCACCUUCUGCCUCAAGGAGUUUCGGGGACUUCUGACCUUCGCUGAAGCCUCCAACCUGCCCCUCACCAUCCACUACGAUGUGCCUGGCAGGCCGGUGGUCUUCACCCUGGAUGACACCGUGCUGGAGGCUCACCUGGUGCUGGCCACCCUCUUGGACCCCGAAAGCAGCUUGCAGCCCGCCCCGCCCAACGGUGUGUCCCACCUGCCCGUCCCAUCAGAUGACUUUGGUGAUGACCUUGAAUCCUACAUGAUUGCUAUGGAAACCAGUGCCUACGAGGAGGGCUCAGGGGUGCCCCCCAGCCCCACCUUCCCCCUGUGUACCCCACGUCCAGCUGAAAGCAACCCUGAGGAAGAGGAGGAGGAAGAGGAGGAGGAAGGAGCUGUGCCAGGGACACCACCUCACAAGAAGUUUCGCUCCCUGUUUUUUGGCUCAGUGCUGACGCCAGGCGGGCCCAGCCCGGCCCCCACCCAGGAGGUGCUGGCAGAGGACAGCGAUGGUGAAUACUGAGAGCCCUGGGGGCAUGGAGCUGCCGGCACCCCACCGCUGCGUGACACCGGCCCCCCCCAACAUCCACCCACCAGGACGAGCAGCACCCCAAUCCAGCAUCACCCUCAAACACAGGCACCCCCCAUGACCCAUUACAAGUUUAUUCCCCAAAAAAAACCCCUCCUGCUCCCCCCACCCUCCACUGCCAUCCCAGGGCUGGGCUCUGGGCUCCCCCCCGCCUCGCCCCAGCGGUCCCUGCCCUGGCGGGGGGGCGGCUGUAUUUUGGUUCAGUGGAGCGUGGCGGGGGGGGGGCAGGAUCUUACAAAUAAAAAACAAGUCGAAAGAAAA